AUGGCGCCCCUCGACGACGUCCAGGUGGGUGACCUGGUCAAUGUCCCCGGGGGUAUGUUUGGGACUGUCAAAUAUCUGGGAAGUGUUGCGGGCAAGCCAGGAAAGUUUGCAGGCAUUGAGCUAGCGCCGGAGCAUGCCAGACGAGGGAAAAACAAUGGAGAUGUCGAGGGCAGGAGAUACUUCUCUACAUCCGUCCCCGGCUCAGGGAUCUUUGUGCCCAUGAACAACAACAAAUACGUCACCAAGCGCUCGUCCGGUCCGACCUCGACGGUGAGCACCGGCCCUCCAACCCCCUCCCGACCGGUCAAUUUCAGCAAGUCCGUUGGCCCUGGUCCCGCAAUGCGCCCACCACGCGUCCGACGCCCUUCCCUUCCCCGCCCUGAAUCUCCUAGAGGACCACCGCCGUCCAAGCUCACCUUGACCGGGCUUCGCACGCCCUCUUCGGCCUCCCGCGCGGCCCCCUCCAGCACCUACCCACGCAGUCCUAUCAAAGCCCCGUCGCGCGCCUCUGAUCGCCCUCCCUCGCGGGUCAGCCGAGUGAGCACUGAAGAUGAUGGCCCCGCAUCUAGAGUAUCCGAAGUUCAGCAAUCGGCAAUGGCAGCAGAGGUGCAAGAGCUGAAGGAUCACAUCAAGAGCCUAGAGAACCAACUCCUCGACCGAGACAAGCAGCUGGACGAGCAAGCACAUACCCUGUCCGACUUCCAGAGAACCCUGGAGGAGCUGGAAGGGUCAGAUUCGCUUUCCAUCCGGGCUCAGUUGCGUGAAAGGAACGAGAGGAUUGCUCAGUUGACGGCUGAGUUUGAUUUGCAUCGCGCCGAUUUCCGAAGCACCUUGGAUACGUUGGAGAUCGCUGCUUCCGAGACGGAGCGAGUCUAUGAGCAGCGGCUGGACGAAUUGAUGCAACAAAAUCGAGAGCUUCAGGAUCGCGGAGAGGAUGUCGAGGCGGUUGCGCGACAGCUUAAGCAAUUGGAAGAAUUGGUCUCGGAGCUAGAAGAGGGUCUGGAGGACGCCCGGCGCGGUGAGGCUGAAGCUAGGGCGGAAGUUGAAUUCUUGCGCGGAGAAGUCGAGCGGACAAAGCUCGAGCUACAGAAGGAGCGGGAUUCCAAGGACUCCCACGUAGCUGGGGAUGGGCCACUAUACUCGAAAGAACUUGAGCAGAAGGAUGAUGAAAUCCGUGGCCUAAAAGCAAUUAUCCACUCCUUGAGCCGGGGCGACCCAGAUUUGCAUGCACUGCAACAGAAUGGAUUUGGGACGAGCCCGCCGAACCAUGACCCCGACCAUGUGGCUCAUUUAGAACAACGUGUCGAGGAAUUUGAGCGCAUCUCCGAACGGAAGACAUACCGUAUCGAAGAACUAGAACGCGAGCUCCAGCAGUUGCAGCUGAAUGGUGACGCUCACGCUCACGCUCACGCUCCCGGCUCCGCGGUCUCUUCAUCGCCCAACCACCAAAAGUCUCCCAGUGUGAAUGGGAAGCUUACGAACGGCCAUGGAAUCAACCAUGCGCAUCGGCUUUCGGAUCGCACAGUCGUUCCCAACGACUGGCAAGAUUUACCUCCGCAUGAGGGACAAUAUCAGGCCUACUCUACCCGCCACCGCGGUAUUUCGGAUGCUUCUCAUCAUCGUCUGGAGACCAUGCACGAGUCAGACGGCCGCUCAGAGGACGGCGGCUCGCUGUGGUGCGAGAUCUGUGAGACCGGAGGGCACGAUAUCCUGACCUGCACCAACAUGUUCGGCGCGGAGAGUAAGAAGGUUCCUGAUGCUACUGAGACACCCCAUGACGAUAGCUCUGUGGAUGAAAAGCCAACUCCAGAGGAAUCCACGGGUGAACCAUCUACAUCUUCACAUGAGGAGGACACGACUCCUCAGAAGACGGGUCGUGAUGUUGUGAUGGAGGGACUCAGAGGAGCGAACUUGUCGUCUUCUUCCUCAACCAUGGGCCCUGUUGGCGGAAAGGAAAGCGGCGUCGUUGACGAGUCUAAGUGGUGUGCUCUCUGUGAGAGAGACGGCCACGAGAGCAUCGACUGUCCAUUUGAUGAUUGA